GACGACAUAAAGGAUAUCAUGGGGCGCUACAGGGGCCGAGAGCUGGAGCUCUACGUCGCCAUCCGCGCAGAGGGCGCUCGUGCUCCUGUUGGUUGCGUGCGCAUCGUCAGAGAAGUUGCUGAGUUCAAGGAGACGGACGUCAUGCCGACGGGCGUGGGCGACUCCGACUCCGAAGCGCAAGGCGGAGAGCGACCCAUCUGCGACUGCCUCGUUGACUCCCAGGCCACCGUCAGCAUCGCCGCCGGCGUCUCUUCGUGCUCGGGAGCCUUCAAUGCCGCCGCCGGCUC